GCCUUCCGCGCGGGUCGCCCAGACUGUACGCCGGCGGAAGGGGGCGGGGGUGUGACCAGCUGUCUGUUUCUCUGAGUGGACAAUAAAGUUUCGAAAGUUUGAAAAAGGAGGAAAAAAAAAACCCACCCCCCCCCCUUUGGCUGCCCCGGCGUGGACGCCUGCAGCCAGGGACAGACAGCUCGCGCGCCGUGUGCUCGCGGAGGCGUGGUUCGCGCGCGGGAAUGGGGAUCACCGUGGACGUGCACCAAGUGUUCAAGUACCCCUUCGAGCAGGUGGUCGCCAGCUUCCUCCGAAAGUAUCCGAAUCCCAUGGAUAAAAAUGUCAUCUCGGUAAAAAUUGUGGAGGAAAAAAGAGAUGUGUCAACAGGGAUCAUCUAUAGAAAGAGGAUUGCAGUCUGUCAGAAUGUGAUUCCAGAAGUUUUAAGGAAGCACUCGGGUGAUUGCUGGAGAAAGGUGAACAUUUUAAAGGUACCUGAUAUCCGGUUAGAAGAGGAAUCAUGGCUCAAUCCUCAGGAAAGGAACAUGGCUAUACGGAGUCACUGCCUUACGUGGACACAGUAUGCAUCCAUGAAGGAGGAGUCUGUCUUCCGGGAAAGUAUGGAAAAUCCGAAUUGGACAGAGUUCAUUCAGAAAGGCAGAAUUUCAAUCACAGGGGUUGGCUUUCUCAACUACGUUUUGGAAACUUUUGCCAGCACAUUCUUAAGACAGGGCGCCCAGAAGGGAAUUAGGAUAAUGGAGAUGCUGCUGAAGGAACAGUGCGGUGCCCCCUUAGCCGAAUAAGGCCUCAUCAGGAAGCUGUGUUGUGUCUACCGUUUGCUCGAGAUUUAAUCUUUUCUUGGACAGAGCACAUCCAAGGACACAGUUUUCAAAAUACACAUUUAAGGACGCCGUGUUGGCAGCUUAAAAGAAGAGGAGACCUUCCUGCUGGGACAUGGAAUGAUACACUCCCCUGGGAGCCUGCCUCAGACCGCGGCUCUUGUGGAGAUGAGACCUUUCAGCUGCUUCUUAGGGCACAGCCUGUACAAUUUUACAAAUAAAGAACCCAUAGGCGGUGAUGUCCGCCCUCCUUCA